UCAAAAUUGUCAAAAUAAAAUAGUUCAAGUUGGCAAUUCUUUGCUCCUAGAUCUAUUAUUAGCUUGAUAAACAUGGCUGCUCACAAGUUGUGUGUUGUUUUGGGCCUGAUAGCUCUUGCGCAUGCAGCAUAUUCUGCGGCUCAACAUCGUACAUAUCUGAGAUUAACAGAGCAAGAGUUUACCAUGUUACCUCUUGAUAUUCUCCUUCAAUGCAUUUUUGCUCUCCUCAUCACUUGUUAUGGUGUGGUUCAUGUCGCUGGUAACUUUAAGGAGAUCAAAGCCAGCGCAGAGCAAGAUGCAAAAACAUGGGAAAUGUUGAGCAACAGACAAGGAUUCAACAUUUUUUACCACAGAGGGAAAGCAUUGUUUUCAAGUUGUAAAGGCUGACCUUUCAUUUAGUUGUCAUUGAACAUUCCUUCACAAAGAAUUUCUGAGACUACUAUUUAUUGUGGACAGUAUUGGAGUUAUGAAACAUUGAAUAUUUUGAUUGCUAACUCUGAAUUUUUUUUUGAUGGUUAUUUUAUGCUUGUGUUGUAUUUUCUGGGUUUGCACGAUCAUGUGAAGUACUGCACUUAUCCUUAAUAUUCAGAAUCAGAGGCAAUGCCAAUUAUUUUAUAAACAUAAGGAGUACCAUGAUAUGAACAGAAUUAUAAGAAAAUGAUAUUUUCCUGUUUUUCAAACUUGUUGUUUUUUUUUUUGGGCAGGGGGGGUAAAAAUCUAAAUCUUACUACAGUAUUUCUUCCAAAUGAAACAUUCUGAUGUUUGCACUAUUUUGUUUAUUGGGGGCAUUAUAAAUAUGUGUGUGCAGAGACUUAAAUUAAUUUAACAGUAUAAAGCUUAUCUUGAUUUAACAGUUUAAACUUUGUCCUUUUUUGUUGCUUUGGAUCUGUUAAAAAAAAUAGUUACAUUAAAUUGACAUUCUGAGCACAGUGUUUUGAAAUGUGAAAUACCUAUUUGAAAUGAAUUGUUGAAACUGUAACUUUCAGGUAUACAAUAAUUUUGUUGUGGCCUAAUGAUGGGAUGAUGUGGCUAGGAUGUGUUGAGUGUAAGACUGAAUUUCCUGAGUUUGUACCCUAUUAGACAAUUUUGGAUUUUUUCUUAUGAUUGUCAGUCUUGGUGGUUGCCGAUCAUUUUGAUCAUUGUGCAUUCUUUAGGUCAGGUAAACUCUAACAGAUAGUUCUUUUGCAAUAGUCAAUUUAAAAAAAAAACUAAUAAUCAAAGUAGUAAAAGUGCUUUACACUUGGAAGGAAUGGUGAAAGUCUUAUCAAUGAAAAUAUUUGAACAUGUUUCUUUUAAUUAAGUGAAUGAACUAAAUGUGAGUGAUGUUGUGUUCUAGUUUGAUAUCAAGGAUAUUUCUUACAAUGCAAGUUUCUACUUCUUUUUUUUCUUUAUUAUAUUGAAUCUGUGACUUUUGUAUAUAAACUUGUUCAUUUUUAAAGUUAUGAUUUGCUAGAUUCUAAUUAGAUUGAUUUUUUAAUUUUACAAUUUGUAAGUCAUAUGAUUCUGUCUGUGAAGACUUCCAUGUUUCUUGUGUAAUGGUUUCAUACUGUUUGUAGAAAUAAUAAUUGUGUUAGAAAAUGCUGAAUUCUGUUUGGAACUAGUUUCUUAAUAAACAGUUCAAUUCUAUUUUUAAUGUCACUGUUAAACCCACUGACAGUUUGGCAUAUUAAAUGGUAGUAUUCCAUGCAUAUACUUAGCAAUCCUGCUAGUGUUAUAGGAGUGUAUCCAAGGAUAUUUAAACACUUUUCUGUUACUGUGCUAAUAGGUUACUGUUCAUACAACUUUCUUGAUUUGGAAUUAUCAAAUGUAAAUGUCUUAUGCAUUCUGCCUAUGGUUUGUAACUGAGUUUUUGCAUUGGUAGAAACAGGAUGUAGAUCAUUUAUCCUUUCUCACCCACACCGCCCCCCUUUUCCUCCCAAUGAAUGAUUAAUGCGUGAAAAAUUCUAACUUAAGAUUGAAUUUUUUAAUGUUUUUUUUUUUUUU